GCGGUGGUGGAUUUUAAGGACUGGGACAGCACGCGCGCGCUGACGGGGGCGAUCCUGCGCGAGGAGUACGGGGUGGAGGCGUGGACGGUGCCGCGCGGGCGGUUGGUGCCGACGGCGACGAAUCGAGAGCGGUAUUUGGAGUGGUUGGCGCGGUUGCGCGCGCUGUCGGCGCCGAGCGGUGACGACGCGAGCGUGUGGGUGCUAGAUAUCGGGACGGGGGCGAGCGCGAUAUACGCGCUGCUCGGCGCGGCGGGACGCGGGUGGCGCUUCGUCGGCACCGACGUGUGCGACGAAGCGUUGACGAGCGCGAGGGAGAACGUGCGACGGAAUCCGCACUUGGAGUCGCUGAUCGAGAUACGGGACGCGCGGGGUGAAGAUGGGGCGCGCGAUCGCGUGCUUCGAGGCGUGGUGAGGGAUGGGGAGACGUUUACGUUUUGUAUGUGUAAUCCGCCGUUUUUCGAAACGAUGGACGAGGCGGGCAGGAAUCCGAACACCGCGUGCGGGGGCACGGCGACGGAGAUGGUGUUUCCAGGAGGCGAAGAGGCGUUCGUAAAGAAAAUUUUCGCGGAUUCGUUGACAAUGAAGGAUUCGAUUCAUUGGUUCACGACGAUGUGCGGGAAAAAGAGCACGAUGACGACGACGCGCUCGUUCCUUCACACGCAUCGCGUGCCCGCCAUUCGCACGACGGAACUUUCGCACGGGAAAACGUCGAGAUGGUGCAUCGCGUGGUCGUUU